GACAAAGAUGGCAGCCUUCAGCGGUAGUUCAAGCUGGAGCACCCCCGAAGUUCACAAACACCACGAGCAACAAACAGUUUGUCACACAAGGCCAAAAUAUAGAGAUGGGAGGAGACCCAAAGCUGUCAAAGUAUACACCAUCAACUUGGAAUCUCGUUUUUUGUUAGUCCAAGGAGUUCCUGCAAUUGGUUUGAUGACCGAACUGGUUCAGCUCUUUGCUCUGUAUGGGGCGAUUGAAGAGUACCGAAUACUGGACGAGUACCCAGCAGAAGAGUUCACUGACGUUUAUUUAAUUAAAUUCCAGAGGCUUCAAAGUGCUAGAGUGGCCAAACGUAACCUGGAUGAAAGGAGUUUCUAUGGCGGCUUACUUCACGUGUGCUAUGCCCCAGAAAAUGAAACGGUGGAGGACACCAGGCAGAAGUUACAAGAGAGGAGAAGAUUUGUUGCCAGGAUAAUGCGAAAUAAAGCUCGGGAAUCUGAACAAGCAGAAGAUGAUAAACAAAAAAUACCCAAUGACUCAGAAAUGUGUGAAAAAAAGGAAUGGAAGGAUACUGUUCAGGAGGAGACAGAAAGUUUUAGUACCAGCUACCUCCCCAGUUAUCCUUUAUUACCCCCUCCUCCGCAAGAGCAUGUCCAUAGACCUUCAUCCUUUUCUGAACAGGCAUCAUCAAUAUCUGCAUUAAAGGGAUAUCAAUGCAAAAUGCAGCCUGCUGAGGACAAUAUGGGGUCCACAUACCAUUUUGUUGGAAGCGGCUCAUUACCAGUAUCAUCUAAACCUCCACAGUCCUCCUCUUAUGGAAACCCAGCAAUGAGUAACCAACAGAGAAAAAUCACUCGCCCUACUACCAGGUUUAUUCCAAGGACAGCAUACUUAGAAAACCGGAAAAGAAAAAUUGAGGCGGCUUGUCAAGAUGCACUGUUGGGAAUUGCAGACAAAAGUGAACCCCUGAUUGGACCAAAACUACCACAACCACCUAAGAUGGACAUGGAGGAUGCUUCCUUGAACAUUACAGCUAAUUUAAUAAGAAGCACUAUGGCAAAGAUUUCUUCAGUACCAGAGUCCAAGCCUGCAGAGAAGAAAGCCACCACUCCAAAGCCACGAAGGAGGAUAUAACUACCAUUCCAUGCCUUCACAGGAACCACACCCUAUAAUACUGGAGAUGAGAGAAGUCAUGGACCUGUAUAUUAAGAGUUCAUUUGGGCAUUGUGAUUGUGAUUGUAAAUGUAUUUGGUGAGAACUAUUUAUUUGGCGGAAACAUGACUGAAUUAGUUCUCAAGAGGGUCCUGGAAUGCUUGCUGUUCAAAUGCCAGUAUGCUCUGGAACAGAGGUGGAAAAAUACAUUUUAGUUGUCAUUCCAACACCUUUAAUAAAUAUAAUUCACAAAAGUGUAGAUAAGAUGUAUACCUUUGCAUCUGGAACACAAGUUCCGAAGGCUUCCAGUAACAGGUCUUCCUCCCUGACUGCCUUCUCAAAGUCAGCGUACGAUAGUCGGCCAUCAUGAUCGUGAUCCUGUAAGCAGCAGCACAAUCUUUUUUUACAUUGUAUCUGCAGAACACAAUCCUCUUAAAUUAAAAAAAAGUAUUCAAUGUCUUUAAAUGUGAAUCCAGUCACAUGUGCAUACUGUAUGUUUCAAAUAAUGUGAUACCAUCAUAAAGUUUAUUUUUGCUAGUGUACCGAGUCCUCAUUCUUUGGACAUUUUCCCAUCUUAAUGUCUGUGAUAGUUUCCUUUGUCAAACAUAACUAUGAUAAGAUUAUUUGCUUUUUUUAAAAGCAUUUAUAGGCAACCAGUAGGUCCUGCUCCUAUUAGUUUAUCCAAUUUCUAGGAUAUCUCAGCUAGAGGUCAACAGAGUAUGUACCAAGUUUUGCUACUUUGAGACAUCGUUGCUGUGCUCAACACUUUUUCAUUGAUUUUAUUUGUAAUAUGUAUGAGUUUCAGUCCCCCGCAGCCCCACCCACCAUUGUUUUUAACCAUCCUAACAUUAUGAAUGUUAUAAAUGAAUAAAAAACGUUCAUAAACACUA